UUAUACCUCCAGCCACAGCAACUGCUUGCUCUGUUCAAACAUAAAAGCACAUAAAACAUCAUAGGAAGAUCAAAGUUAAGUAUAUUUUGGGUGUAGAAAGGAAUAUUAAAGCUAACAAAAACCAUUCCAAAAUUCUUUUUAAAUGAAACAUUCAGCUCACAUGUGCAUUUCUGUUUGGUAGCAUGGUGCAGCACCUGAAGACACAUGACAAUGGCAGUGACAGAAGACAGUGUUCAGAAGCACUGGCAGUUUCUGCAAUGUGAGAGACUACAGACAUGAAAAAACCCCAGAUGCCAAAGAAUUGCUCAGGCUCUUGUUUUAGCAUUAGCAUUUACCUUAGCAUGACAGAAGUGCUAGAGCUUGCAUAAUGGAAGAAAAAGAGAACCCAGGAGCACCUAAUAUGAAAGCCAUAGAAUGAUGUUUAAGUCCAUCCAUUUCAAGUGAAAUAUAUUCAGGUUAUUCUGCCUUCACACCUACUCCCUCAUGUUUGUGAAUUUUGACUUCCAUGUUGAUGGUACCUUCAUCUGUAAUGGCAUUUACAAUGCAGUUUUGACUUCCAUGUUGGUGGUGCCUUCAUCUGUAAUGGCAUCUAGGAAUAGCUUUUGGUAAGCUUUGGUGUUGCCUAAUAACAAAAUUUACACGGAGUAUAGCACCACCUCCUGUCCAAACCCGGGCUUUGGUGCAAAUAAUGGAGCAAAGCAAAAAGUUCUUUAAAGGAGCUAAGCAAACAAUUCCUUGCCUUUCCCAGUCUGGGCUCAAAUGGCACAUGCUGUGGUUGGAAAUGCUAACCUGAAGGACAGCUGCACACCACAGAAAUCCAACCAUCCUCCCUUGUGUGAAGUUCUAAAUGGAGGGUAUAGGCCAGAAAAGAAUAGAAGCAACUCACAAUGUGGAAACUUGAAGUGAUCAUCAUGAAAGGACUGAGUGUAGCCCCUCAUAAAGUGUGCACCUUCUACAGCCAGCAUGAACUUGUGGAUUUGCAGCCUGAGAGCCCCAGAGCACACACCCUUAACAGAGGCAGUGCUGAGUUGCAGAUUCACCCUACAGAGAGAGGGGAGUUUCACCUCCAGCCUUUCACUGGAUCCCUCUUUGCAGCCACCUCCUGUGGUGCCAGAGAUCUCUCUUUUUUGCCAUGUCAUCUGACAGCCACCAGCUCCACACCCAUUGCUACCAGGACUCACUAAAUUCUACUUGUCCCAGUCUCUUGAAUGUCAACAGUCAUCCCCUAUCCAAGAGCUCCUCAAAUCUGACCUGUAUUGGGCACUCAAGGAGUUUCGAGGAAAGGCAAAACAAACAGGAGCUGAAGAAAAGCUAUAGUAGCACCAUCUGCCAUAUCCUGGAAAACAGGAGUGAUGCAAGGAGCGUGCAGAGUCCUGGAUGGUCCUCCUCACAGCCUGGGAUGAUGGGACUUGGAUCAGAGGUGCAAACCAUAAAUGACCAGUCAGCCAAUGACCAUUCAGAGGGAAGAACUAAGUAUACAAACCAUGUUCUUGUCACUGAACAGUCCUCAGCGUCCUGGGGAGUGGGGGACACUAGGAUGUGUGUAAAGAGCAGCACUACUGAGAAUGUUUCUUCAGCCUGCUUUGUUCACCAGCAAGGCAUGUGUAAAAUGGAAGAAUCAGGAACUGCCCUUCAGAGAAGCCACUCUGACCUAACCUGCAGCUGCAAACAGCAGAUUCAUGUCACUCACAUAGAAACCAGUGCUACUUACUCCAGCCUAAGCUCUUCUGGCUGCAGUCAUAGUCUGCCAGUGGCUAGGAUGUCUGACCAAAUGCAGAGAUACGGAUCAGAAACAAAUCAAAAUACAUCUCACUAUCAAAACCUUGUGACUCAUCUUCCAGUCCUACCUAGAGACCAACAAGUACCCACAAACACCUUUGACAGUGGCAGUAUUCCACGUAACACUACUGUUUACACAGAUCCUGGCACAUUUCAUGCUGCUGUUCUUGGACCCCACAUGCCUGGAAACAGUUUCCAAAACAGGACAAUGUUCAGUCAAGCCCCUGGGAUUAUUCAUGGGGGUCUGACUUAUGGUAACAUUCCAAACUCUGUGUACUCCCCCAUGGCAAUGACAGUUCACAGUAACUCAGCAGGGCCCUGCAGUCUCAGGCAGGACGCCCUGAAGGCAGAUGCCACCAUCCCGGCCUAUUGCCACUCCUUGCCCAUCCCAUCCAUCCAGCUCGUGCCACGGUUGGUGUGCUCUGCCAGUGAGACAGGAAACGAGCAGGCAGCACCUGGCUACUUUCAUUCCUUUUCUGCUUCAGACAUUUUGACAUAUCCUAAGCUGGUGUCUUCAGUAAGUGAAUCAGGCCUGGAUGCCAAGAAAAUCCUGAAGUGCUGUAACAUUCCUGGAGAACAGCUUCAACCUGUUCCACAGGAGAGAGCUCCUCCAGAAGCCAAGGCUGCCCAUGUUGCUCUGAGCAGCCAGCAAGGUGCAGACAUGGUAGUGACAACUAAGGAUAUGUGGACUAUGACCUCUAUGAAUGACAUAACCAAAGGCCUAAAAGCAGCUCUGGAGCGCAGAGAUGCCGAGGUACAAACUCUUCCAACCAUGGAAUGCAAAUCGGUGGCAACAAGCCCAGCAGCUGAAGCAGAAGGUCACUCACACGUGUUCCCAGAGGUGAACCUGGAGCAAGGCUCGGAGGCCCCCAAAUCUCCAGUUCGUGAAGUGAGAUGGGAUGAUGAAGGAAUGACAUGGGAAGUGUAUGGGGCAUCUGUGGAUCCGGAAGUCCUUGGGGUAGCCAUUCAAAAACAUCUCGAGUUUCAAAUAGAACAGUUCCAGACAGAGCCUGCUGAGAAAAGCAAUAAGGAGCCACCCCCUGAAAAAACUGGGAAAAAAAGGCCUUUCAGAACAAUGAUGCAUUCCCUGAGAUAUCCAAGCUGUUGUGCUCGCUCCAGUACUGCAGUGGAGUGAGCCCAGCUGUAGACUGUAGGAUUGCUGUGCUGCUUUUAAAUUGUACAUAAAUGCUGACUCUUAAGCGUUAACACAGUAUAUGUGGACAGCCCACAUCAGGAUGAGAGGGAAAACUUCAGUGAACAUCAAAUAUACAUUAAAGCAAGGAGAAGUCCAUGGCUGGACCAUAUAACAGAGAGCAUAAGAAUAUACUUAAAUAAUGCCAUCCAAAUGCUCUUGACUGUAUUUAAUGUAGCACUGAUUCCUUCUAUGUUAGUGUUAAACUGUAUUGUAAGGAAUGGAACUUCUUUUUUAAUGACACAUUUUUUUGAAAUAAUGAUAACUCUUUUCUGUAUUUUAAUAAUUUAGGGUUAGAAAACAAAGUUUAAAAUUAUGCUUUAAUCAAAGUUCUUAGCUUUCAAUCACACCCUUAAAUUGUUUUGGCAGCUGUUUUGCUGUUAAUUUAAUAAUCCUGAAUAUAAGCCCACUUUAACUGUAGAAAAAAUAACAAACUAGUGUAAUGUUCUAUGACAAAGAAUUGUAACUUUUUUCUACAUAACUGUGAAGUAAUUUUAGUGUUGCUAGUCUGAACUCUUCCCUUAGCAAGCUCAUGUACAGUUGGAGGACACUCCAUCAACUUUCCAAUUAGUUUGUAGUUAUGAUGAAUUACACUCUGAAUAUCAAGAACUUAUGUUUACCAAGUGAUUGACACAAAUGUACAGUGUUACAAAAUGUACAUGUUACAAAGAUGACUGAUGUAAUGUGAAUUGCUUACUGAGUGCUUGUUUUAGAGACCUGAGAUGGAAGCUGUUCAGAUUAGCCUAUGGCACCACCAUACCCUACAACUCACAAGCAGUUUCGGUUUGUUUAUAUUAAAAGCAAUUUCCAGUGAGUUCUUUUUAUGUGCAUCUAUCCUGAGCAGUGGUUAUUUGGCUCUUGCAUAAGCCACAGGGGACAGUUUGCACAUAACCUUUGCCUGUCUUGUGUUCCCUCUCUGGUCUGACGUCAGGCGUCUGCUGAAAGUGAGACCUUGUGUCUUCCCCAAAGGACAGUCCUAAGGUUAUUCUGAGUGCCUUGGUCAUUUGGGCAGCUUAAAGAUUUAUUUUCUUCUAGAAACAACUUCACAAACAAGUUUUCAGUGAGAAACCUGUUAUAGUGUAGUGCAGCCAACGUCCAGGGCCUGUUUGAAGUAAAAGAUUUGUCAAGGAAGCUGAGAAUUCUAUUUCUAGUGUCAUAUGUGCCUUUGGUGAAUGCCUCAGAUUGUUGGGGAAAUUAGAUGUGCAAUAUUUUUUUUUUUUUUGUGAGAGGGAAGAGAAACAUUAAUUUCUGUCUCAAAAGAAAAUUUGCAGUGUCUGAGAACUUACUGCUGUGCAAUUAUGGACUUCUCUUUACAUGUGUGUGGUUGUGCUUUAUUGGUUUGGUGUGUUUUUUUUUCCAGAAAAUUAGCAGACUGACACCUUAAUGUUCAUGUGACAUUUGCAUAUCAAGAGGAACCCCUGGUGAUUAGGAGAGCUUUAAACGUUCAUCUAUAAAAUCCUUAAAUGUAGGACCUCCUAGUUGGAAUGACCUGUGAUGCAUUAAUUUAAUGAUGUAGAGUGGUUCAAGAUCAUCUUUUCACUCCUGGACAAAGUGGAAUUUAAUAAGCUGGCUCCUGUGAAAUUCACCUUGCAUUCAGGAGGCUUCAUUCAGACCCUGGGACUUUGGCUUCAGAGAGGUCUGAGCUCAAAAUGAGUUUUAUACAAACCAAGUGUGAAGCCACUGGAAUAUAAUGCCUUACUCAGGAUGCCUCUAUAGCUGUGAACAUCUAAGUUCUGCUAAUGAUUCUGAAUGUUAAAAUUCCUUUUAUUGAAGCUUUAAUUGGAGUAAGGAAGUAAUGAGUAACUAAAUAAAAUUGCUCUGCUGUUAUUUAGAGUUUAGUUAAGCAGUUUCUAUACAGGCUUAUUUUAUGGUCCAGAAUAUUGAAUGUUAAUUUUUCCCAUUUCUUCAAACAUUACACUUUGAGAAUUUUAAGUACUAUAGUGUUCUAAAACCUUAUGCUGUCUGUUAGCUUGUCCUCACAUGUACAGGAGAAUUAAAGAUCUGAAGAGUCAAACUAAAGUUUUAAAAUAGCAAGAGUACCUUCCAAUACUUUAUAUCCAUACUUUAUUUGACAUAUGGAAAAACUGUAUUCUCCUUCCCACCCCUACCAUUCCUAGCACCUAUCCAAAAUAAAGCCCCCAGAUGUAGGGAGAUGAUAUAAAUAAGACCAGUAUCAAACUGGUCAGAAAGAGAGAUUUUGUAGAAGGAACUGGAAUAAUAUAGCAAAAUCCCUUGAACUCUUUGUCUCUUGUGCUAUAAAACCUGGAACAAUUCUUGUAUUUGAUACAGUUCUGGUGUCAGUUAUGGUUUAUGCAUUGGUAUGACUACAGUCCUGAAUAUGAUUAUCAUUCCUGAAUGAGAAAAAUAAAUUACAAGUAAAGGCAAA